CUGAUGAAUCAUAUCUAUGGUUAUUCAAUUGCAUAGAAAGGAAGUUUCAUUGCAACAAUACCAAAAUUUUCAUUUUUAGCAUCAACUAAGCUCAUUACUUGCUAAAAAAUCCCAACAUGGAUUCAUACAAUUCUGAAUGUAAUGCUUGUAUCACAGAUAAGAUAGAGAGUGACAGGUUUAGCGAACCUAUGGUGUGGAUUGGGAUCUACAUUGCAGUAGCUUCGGGUGUCUGCAUCCUUGCCAUGGCGGCGGAUUUGGUGCAUGGUUUCCGAAAUAGAAAGCUUUGGUUUCCUUGCAAGUAUUUCUCUCUAAAUGCCGCCUCUAUCACGGUGAUAACCAUCGCCAUGAAACUGCCCCUUGAUCUAACUAGCCCAAUGCCUUCUUACGCGGACCAAGCAGCCAAGGUAGGAAGUUUGGCAUUUAUGUGCGUGUUGAUGGCCAACUUAAUGCCUUCUUUGGCGUCUAUGGAUAACAAGACACUGCUAGCAAAUAUUAUAGCUUUGUGUAUUCUCGUUAUCACGAUGGUUGUGAAUAUAUGCAUUCAGAUUAAUACUGGUGUUAUUCAUAAUGAUGUUAUCAUUCACCGGUAUGAGCAAGUUUACUAUAGAUUCACUAUUUUUGCAUGCAUCAAUACGGCUAUGCUCCUCUUGUUACUAAUGAUAAUGAUUUCUUCAUCUCUAACAUUUCCAACCUAUAAGAAAGUUUUAGAAUUCAAGUAUCGAGCCACAAACAAAAGCUCUUUAACUGAUCAACAUAUCCAAAUGUCAACAGUUGAGAAACUAAGACAACAUGUGAGAAGGUAUUGGGUCAUGGCGGAAACUGGUAGCCCUCAGUUUGGGAUGGCUGGUAGUCCAUUAUCCACUGCUUCUGGUGUUACUUGUGCAGUAGUUUUGGUCAUAAACAUCCUUACGAAUUUUAGCGUUCAUGGUACUCAGUAUCUAUAUGAUUCUAAAACUAAUGGGUCGCCAUACAAGUGGUCAGCAACUGCAAUUUUAAUAACACAGUCCAUUGGAAUCGCGGUGGGAUUCUUUGCUUCUGUAAUAAGAUCUUUUCCAUUUCACUAUUUGAACAUGAAAAAUAUCAUGUUUUUUAAAGUAGAGAAUUACUGGAUCCAAAAGUUGCAUGAGUGGAAAGAAAGCCCUGUACCUUUUCUAUCAAGCAAUCGAAGAUUAAGAAGUCUCAUCUAUUACUCAAAAAAUAUCUUUCUAGACUUUUUUAUUUGGUUUCAGACGGUGAUUAUUUCAUUGUGCAAAUUAAUAUGGGUCAUUGUGACAGUACCCGGUCUAUUUCUGGCCUCUUGUAUGCUUAAACAUCCACGUGGCAUAGAUAACAACCUCAAAAUGUACGUCUUACAAAUUGACAAUGACACAUAUGCUACAGCAAUACUAUUAAAGAUCAUUUCAAGAUCAAUGGAUUCUUUCAUAUCAAAGGCUGAGAAGGCACAAAACAACAAUCUGUUAGAUCUUCUCGAUAAAUUUCGUGAAUUCGACGGAGUACAGAUCUUCGACACUGAUCAUGUUCAAUCUCUGCUUCCUACUGAACUUGUUAACAGUUGGAGCUUACCGGUAGUAACCUUAACGUGCAUCGCAGUUUCCAUCCCAAAUAUUCCAGAGGACACAGUUAAGAGCUUAUUAAGUAGUGUUGGUGAAGGCCUUUCGUUCACUCAUCUCGUGGAAGAAGGCCUGAAUUGUACAAGCGAAUAUGUAAAUCUUCGAAAAGCCAGUAUGUCUUUAUGGCAUGAGGUCGAAUACAAAUGCAAGUGGUUGGACAAUCCUCUAGCAAAAAAUGUGUUUGAUGGGAAAGCAGCAACAGAGAUUGUUAAGUGGUUUUCAGAUAAAGCUAAAGAAAUUGUGACUGAAAUCAAAGAUAGUACUAGCGACGGAGAACUCGUGGAGAACCCUCCUGGCAAGUUGAUUGCUGCCAAUUCAAUGUACCGAAUCACACAAACAAUCUUGCUUAGGUUCCAAAGCAACACAGAACCAAUUACAAAAAAGCAGUUGUUUUCCCAUUUAAAUGGCAUGAUUGCAGACAUAUUUUGUGCUUGCUUCACCAACCUACCGCGAGUCAUAACAACGAGAUGCCAUGAAAAUGUGAUAGAGAAAAGAGAGGCAAGUGUGAGGGUGGCAGCAAAGCUUCUUGGCAAGACUACCAAGAUAAUAGAAAAACUCGAGGAAUGUGAUAAGGUACCAAGCAUGGAUGAAGACAAGAUGGCGUAUAUCGAUGAGUGGCGUCUUUAUAUGAAGCAAUCGAUUCCAUAAGGGCAAAGUAUUGAGCAACCACGCAGAUUGUCCAUCAUGAAGCAUUUUUACAACUAUUUUUCAUUGAAUUUUGUAUUUCUUUCCGUUUUUAUUUUGUUUUUUCAAGUAUAUGUGAUUUGCUUUUGACCCUGUUGUACAAUUUUUGCUUGAAUUGUCACAUGGUUUGAAUUUUUGUGAACCAUACUGCUACUGUCUCGUUUUUGAAAUUUGGACUUGACACUAAGGUUGAGAUA